CCCUUGAAGUUGGGCCGAAAAUGUUGCGGGGAUGUUUAAUUUUUGGACCGCAACUACCUCUUGUUUAUUUUUCCUUUUUUUUUUUCUCAAUUUCAACUUAUAUUAAAAAAUGGCUUCUGGUUUUGGUUUAGACGGUGGCCGUGGUCGUUGUUUCCACUUUUGGCAAGAAUUCAACAAGUGUUAUGCCACUGCCGAUCUCCCUCAACAAUGUCUUGAUCAACGUGACGAUUAUCUUGAAUGUCUUCAUCAUACCAAAGAGUUUGCUCGUAUCACACGUAUUAAGACAGAGGAAUUAAAGCAAGCCGAAAAGAGACAAACUGAACAAGCAAAGGCAAAGCAAGACGCUUUGACUGCAGCAAAAUCAAACUUGCCAAAAUUAAACAUCAUUGAUGACAAGGCAUAAAUUAGACCAGCAACAAUAAACCGGCAAUUCCUUUUUUUUUAAAAAAAUCAAAAAAGAAUAAACACACUCCACACACACACACACACACACAUUUACGCACUCACAACACGGAAAAAUAUUAUACGAGCUUGUUAGUGAAAAUUAAG